CUCUUCUUUGAAUAUCAAUACUGCAGAAUAUUAGUACGGAACGCCGUGUCGUUUAACCAGUGACAUACGGCUUGUUCUUCGGGACAAAAGCAAACUGCAGAAUCCAACAAACAUUUUAUGUCACUGCUGACCUUGAUCAGGUGGAUCUACCACAUGAAUUCAUCACCUUCUUCUUCGAAUGCCAAUACUGUCCCCGCGACUGCGACUGCGACUUGUUUAUCAUCUUCUCUGUAACUUUUUAAUGUACCAGAAAAUAAAACGAAAAACCAACUCCGCCUGCAAAGCAAUCCGAUUCCAAUACCUCUCUCUCUCCCUCCCGUCCGUGAUGCCCAGAACCCUAACCCUCCCCCGCUUCUCGGCCCUCCUCUUAAUCCUCUCCGUUUUCCUCAACCUCUACUUCCUCUUCUUCUUCCUCCACGCGCCGCCCACCGUUCUCUCCCGCUACACUCCCUCUCCCACCACGCGCCGCCACCUUGUAUUUGCCAUCGCUUCCUCCUCCCGCUCCUGGUCCCGCCGCGAGCCUUACCUCCGCCUCUGGAGCUCCCCCGCCUCCACCCGCGUCUUCGCUUUCCUCGACCGCGCCCCAACUGAUUCCUCCGGCGACCGAUCCGUCGCGACUGUCGUCGUCUCCGGCGACACCUCCCGCUUUCCGUACACUCUAAAAGGAGGGCUGCGGUCCGCGAUCCGUGUGGCGCGCGCGGUCAAGGAAGUAGUCGAUCGUGGCGAGCCGGAUGUGAGGUGGUUCGUGUUCGGCGACGACGAUACGGUGUUCUUCGUCGAGAAUCUGGUGAGGACGCUGUCGAAGUACGAUCACGAUCGGUGGUUUUACGUCGGGAGCAACUCGGAGAGCUACCUGCAGAAUGCCAAGUACUCGUUCGAAAUGGCGUUCGGGGGCGGAGGGUUCGCCAUAAGCCAUUCGCUGGCUACGGCUCUGGCUAGGGUGUUCGACUCGUGCUUGAUGAGGUACGGUCACUUGUACGGAAGCGAUGCUCGGGUUUUCGCUUGCGUGGCGGAGCUCGGCGUUGGGUUGACCCAUGAGCCUGGGUUUCAUCAGGUUGAUAUGCGGGGGAAUUUGUUUGGAAUGCUAUCUGCACACCCGUUGUCACCUCUGGUGUCCCUUCACCAUUUGGAGGCUGCAGAUCCAAUCUUCCCAAACAUGAACAAGACUCAAGCUUUGGAACAUCUUUUUGAAGCUGUGAAUGUUGAUCCUGCCAGGAUAUUGCAGCAAACUGUUUGCUAUGACAGUUUGCAUUCGUUGACUGUUUCUGUUGCAUGGGGCUAUGCUAUUCAGGUGUAUGCUGGCAAUGAACUUCUCUCAGAUCUCCUUUCACUGCAGAAAACGUUUAUGCCAUGGAGGAGGAGCGGUAGUAUCGAGGCAAGUCAGUUCAUGUUCAAUAUGAGAGAUUAUCCUAGAGAUAAAUGUAAAAGACCAACUGUCUUUUUCCUGGAAAGUGUUGUAUCCAAUAGUCAUGGUAGCUCGAGUAACUACACCAGGCUCAAUGUAGAAAAUUGCUCCAAAGAAAAUGCAAUAAAGAAUCUGGAACAGAUCAGAGUGUUCUCACAGAAGCUAGAGCUUGAUGCGGAAGAGAUGAAGGCUCAACGCCGUCAGUGCUGCGAAAUUUUGUCGUCGUUUGAUGACUCCAUGACUAUAACCAUUAGACGGUGCAGAGACAAUGAGUUGAUAUCCAUGAAUAUCUAGAGUUUUCUGUUGGAAUAGUUGCUCUGAGGAUACUUAGAUGCAGAAUUCAGAGAAUCACACGCAGUUUGGUGCACUCAUCAUCUUAUCAAGGAGGAGCAGGAAGAAGAGAAUAUACUUGGAGAUGGGCUAUUUAUCUUCUGAUCUAAACAUGGAGCAAAAAUAAUGCUUUUGGAACGAUUUACUUGAAAACAAUAAAUCACAAGAAAAAGAUUGCAGAAAGCGGAAGUUACUGCAAAAAUCUGCCACCAGUUAAGGUUUCGAUGUCUGAUACUCUCUUGGUUAAACUCACCAGUCGCUUAUUAUUUGAAAAUAUGAUGAACAGACAAAAAGGGAGGACAACGCCAUUCACACGUCCGCCAGUGGAGAUGACCUGAGUAAAUUGGAUAUCCGGAGGAACGAACGGUAACUAGUGAACUGAUAGGUAUGUAAUGUAUUCAUGCUGUAGAGUAACUUGCGUUUUGAGACAUCAAAUGAUGUGGAAGAGCUUCGAUUGGUUGGUAAGCAUGCGAAGGAAAUAUUGUUGAAAUGCUAGCUGCGUUUACAUUCCUGCAUUUAGCAUGUUUUGCUGAUGCCAUAGAUGAUAAAUUGUAUAGGGUCUGGUUUUGUAAUUUUCAAGCGUGGUGAAUGCCGUACUUGGUUUCUUGCCAACCAUCCAUUGUCUUCCUCCUCCUUGGCCUAAACCAUUGAAGUCUAUUGCAUUUGCAUCCUCUGAAUCUUCCAGUAACCCAGAUGUUUAGAUUUAAAAUUUAAUUAUGUAGGUCCAGCAUCGAUGGUGUCAUACAUCUGAUUUUCAGGAUCAAAUCAAAUUGGUACAACGCACUA